AUGGCUGAGAAAUGUAGCUUGCACACAAUCACAGAAUGUCUUCAAGCGGAUGAGCAGUAUGCUUCACAGCUUGGUGCGCUGGUGGAUGCCCGCAUCCCUAUAUUGCAGCAUGAGCUGAAAGACGAUGCUUGUGCAAACAUUGAUGGCUACUUCUGCCUUGGGCACAAGGACUUUGCAAAAGCGAAAAAACUAACAGAAAAGGUCAUUUAUGCUUAUGCUUUGAAGUUCGAUACCAACAAUAAUGCUAUGCCUAUUAGGAACAAGCCCUACCAGGGUGAACUCCUCAUAUACUUGAUAUGUAACCAGCUCUUCCUUAGCUCAAAGGCCAUUGGUGUGAAAUUUGUGGCAUGCUUUGUUGAAAUUGCCAAGAAUAAGGCGCAGCAUCCUGAAAUUCCUAUAUCCUUGCUGGUGCUGGUUGCAACUGUGGUUUAUUCCACUCUUUUAUGGAAGUCUCUUGGUUCACUGGGGAAGUUCAACUUCUCAGGAAACCAAUUCAGCAAAACUUACAACUACCACAUCAAGUCCCUGGAACAGUUGAAGGAGAACGCACCUGGAAAGUUUCAUCAUAUGAUGGCGGACAUUUAUGAGGCUGUGCAUAAGUUGAGUCGGAUUAGCGCUGCUGGGGGCCACAACAAGCUGGACACUUUGGAACUGCUUGACCUUGAUGGUAUGGAGGAGGACAAGGACUAA